GUGCCUCAGUUAAAAGUAAGCUUUUAUAAGAUACAAUAUUGAUGGAGUUUUUCGGUUUUAUUUUUAUUGUUAAUUUUUUUUGAGAUUGUUGUUUUUCCUUUAAUAAAACGUAAUUGAUGGAUAAGAAAGUUCUUAAUGAAGUGCGAUGGCGCCAUCUUAACAAAAAUUUGGUUACAAAAAGAAAUUUAUAAAAAAAAAAAAAAAGUAUGGUGUAAUAUUAAAAUUUUUGAAGGAGUAAAGUUAAAGUAA